GGAAGUGGGCGGUUCGUCGGCGUCGCGCUCUGUUGUUUGGUGUUUGGGCCUCGGGAGGGGCGUUCUCUGGAGCUUCGCUGGUGCAAGCCCGGCUGACAGGGCAGCCCGUUCCCCGCCGCCGCCACCGCCGCUGCGCCCCCCGCCUCGCCCGGUGCAGCGUGCCUUCGCGCCCUCCGCGUUCCGCAGGCCCAACAUGGCGCAGGAGGUGUCGGAGUUCCUGAGCCAGAACCCGCGGGUGGCCGCCUGGGUGGAGGCGCUGCGCUGCGAGGGCGAGACGGACAAACAGUGGCGCCACCGCCGCGAGUUUCUGCUUCGCAAUGCCGGGGACCUGGCCCCCGCGGGCGGCGGUACCUCGGCGACGGAAGAGGAUGAGAACGCGAGCGGAGGGGCUCGCAGUCGGCAGCUCCAGCAGCUCAUCUCGUUCUCCAUGGCCUGGGCAAACCACGUCUUCCUGGGGUGCCGGUACCCUCAAAAAGUUAUGGAUAAAAUUCUUAGUAUGGCUGAAGGCAUCAAAGUGACAGAUGCUCCAAUCCAUACAACAAGAGACGAACUGGUUGCCAAGGUGAAGAAAAGAGGGAUAUCGAGUAGCAAUGAAGGGGUAGAAGAGCCAUCCAAAAAACGAGUCCUAGAAGGAAAAGGCAGUUCUUCAGUUGAGCGAGAUCAUGGAAAAAUUUCAGCCAGAAACGAUCGGUCAUCAGCUCAGCAGGAAAACAGUUCAACAUCCACAGGGUCAUCCACCAAAUCAGAGAGUAGUGGGAGCUCAGCCCGCAGCUCUGCAGUCUCCACUCAAAAUAGCUCUUCCUGUGAAGAUCGGUCUGUUUCCAGCCACAGCAGCAGCUCCUCCCAGGUAACAGCAGCAGGAUCUGGAAAAGCUUCUGAACUAGAAGCUUCAGAUAAGCAUGCUUCAGCAUCCUUGGUCUCUGUCUCUUCCUUGUUGAAAUCUAGUAUGAAUAGUCAUGUGACCCAGUCCAUUGAUUCCAGACAGCAAAGUGGAUCACCUAAAAAGAAUGCUUUAGAAAGUUCUUCAGUCUCAGCAGUUCAGAGCAGCUCAGAGAUUGAGGUGCCCCUGUUGGGUUCUUCUGGAAGUGCAGAAGUAGAGUUGCCAUUACUGUCUUCUAAAUCUAGUUCAGAGACAGCUUCAAGUGGGUUAACUUCCAAAACUAGUUCAGAGGCAAAUAUUUCGUCAUCAAUUUCUAAAACCAGUUCCUCAUCAGGCACAUCUUUACUAACUCCCAAGAGCAGUUCAACAAAUACAUCACUGCUAACUUCCAAAAGCACUUCUCAGGUAGCUGUCUCAUUGUUAGCUUCCAAGAGCAGCUCCCAGACCAGUGGAUCUCUGGCCUCCAAAAAUGCUUCUUUAGCAAGUGUAUCUCAACUAGCUUCUAAGAGUAGUUCUCAGAGUAGCACUUCACAGUUGCCUUCUAAAAGUACUUCACAGUUAAAUGAGAGUUCUGUCAAAUUUUCUUGUUGCAAGUUAACCAAUGAAGAUGUGAAACAGAAGCAACCUUUCUUCAAUAGACUGUAUAAAACAGUGGCAUGGAAGUUAGUAGCUGUUGGUGGCUUUAGUCCCAAUGUGAAUCACGGAGAGCUGCUAAAUGCAGCUAUUGAGGCUCUGAAAGCAACACUGGAUGUAUUUUUCGUCCCACUAAAAGAACUGGCAGAUCUGCCUCAAAAUAAGAGUUCCCAAGAAAGCAUUGUUUGUGAAUUGAGGUGUAAGUCUGUAUAUUUGGGUACUGGCUGUGGAAAAAGCAAAGAAAAUGCAAAAGCAGUUGCAUCAAGAGAAGCACUGAAGUUAUUUCUCAAGAAGAAGGUGGUAGUAAAAAUAUGUAAAAGGAAAUACAGAGGCAGUGAGAUAGAAGAUCUAGUACUCCUUGAUGAAGAAUCAAGACCUGUAAACUUACCUCCAGCUUUAAAACAUCCUCAAGAAUUACUAUAAUUUCUCCAAACUAUCACUGCAUACAGUAUCUGGUAUUUGAAGAGAAAAACUGGCUUUUAUAUAAUGUAAAACACUGGCUUUCACAGAUUUUUGUAUUGCUUUUUUCCAGUUUUGCAGAAAAUUUACAUUCUAGUUCUCUUCACUAAAGUAGAAGUUGUAAAUAAUUUAUGAAUGACAGUACAAAUUAAGAGCACUAACAGCAUACCAAUAUGCUGUUUUGUUUGCUGAAGAAAUACUGUCUUCUAUUUUUAAUGAUAGGUACGAUGUGUAGUUCUGUAGGGUCUUAAAAUUUUUGUACUACUUUCAAUUUGAAGAACUAUUAAAGUUGUCUACCAUGCUUUUUUUUCUGGCUUGAUUUAAAUCACAUCAAAGAAAAGGGGACCACAGUAUUUGAAUGUCUGAAAGUCUAUGAAACUUAAGGUUUUAAGAAUGUUACUCAUAAUGUUGAACAUCUGUUAAAAAAUAAAAUAGUUGCCUCAGACUUUUUAUGAGAAGUUGUAAGCAUUUUCUUUUAAGAUAUAAAGCAGUUUAAAGUACUUAUUGUUGUUUUAUUCUGAAGUUGUUUAAAAUUCACCUGAUUUGACCACUGCUGAUUGUUUGGAGGUAAAAUGCAAUUUACACUUUCUUAAAAACAUAAAUGUGAGUUUCUAUAUUAAGCAUAUUUUGUGACUACUAUUAACAGAUUGGUUUGUUUAGAUAUUAAAUGCUUUAAGCUAUUUUGCCUUUUCAAGAAGUUGUGGUUUUUUGUUUUUUUUUCACCCCAAAGUCAGAACCAAGUCUUACAAAUAGGCUUCUUACUACUAGUCAUAGUAAAUUAGAACCAAGUAAUUUUCAUAGUAAUAUACAUAUUUAUGUGGAUAGGGAAGUUAAAAUUUUCAUACCUAGAACCAGGUAGUUUCUGUAUUUAGAGAUCUCAAGAACAUGGAGAAGAAUAAAGAGCCAUGAUCACUUCUUUGAGUGUGUAUUCAUGUGAAUUGCAUCUGUUAGUAAUGUUAUUUUCUGUGUCCUAGGUGAUUCGAUUAAUCUAUUGUGGUUUAUUUCAAACUCUGGUCUCAGAUAUUUGGUUACUUUGGUGGCCUUCUGGCUUUCUCGAUGUGGCACACUGAACAGUAAUGGUGAUAAUGUACAAAGGAAAGAGAUGACCUCAUAUUCAUUAGUUGUAUUGGAAUUGGAAGAUUAAACAUCAGCACAAUUUAAGUAUGUAAAAGUAAUUUUAUAGUUUAGGAAUAAUAGACAAAUACUUCAGUUUCCUGUGCUUGAACUGAAAUAAUCAGGGAUGUUUGUAUUUUACCAGAUAACCUUUAAAACUGAUGUUUUUUUUCUGAGAAUAGUUCACUGGAUACCAGAGCUAAAAUCCAUAUUCUGUAAAUGGGCUACCUUUAUAUAUUGUGGAGAGCAAUAACAAGUGUAUUAUAAAAACACUUUUAAUUUC